UAUUAUAAAAAUUUAUUGUGUUGAGAAAUUAAUGAGGAAAAAAACAAAAUGGUUCCAAUUGUUUUAACAGAAUGAAUGAAGAUAAAACAGAGAUUUACAUGCCGGAGAAGUCACAACUCAAAACUUCCUUUAUCCUUUCCAAUUGCAGAACUGAGAUGUCUCCAAAUUGGGUAGCAGCUGAAGGAACUCGUUUUAAUUCUUAUUCAGAGUGACGCUUUGGCCCUUGUGUGAUCUUGGGAUGCCGGAAGAUAAAGGUUGGGAAGAUCCUCGUUCCGUUAAUAGCCCUAGGAGGAUCUUAAGUUUCUCCAAAAAUAGGACGACCACUGUAUUCUUUCCAGAUUCAGAUGACAGAGGUUCAGGAUUUGGUGUUUCUGGAGAUCAAGGACCCAAGACUUCUGAAGUUUAUGGAUUUGUUGGCUCCAUUACUACUGUUGUUGCUACAGUUCUUUUCCUGGUGUGGGCAUAUCUUCCAGAAAAUUGGUUGCAUUCUUUGGGUAUUGUUUACUAUCCGAGCAGGUACUGGGCAUUGGCUGUGCCAGCUUAUGCGAUGAUGACUAUAAUACUAGCUGUAGGAUUUUACAUUGGUCUCAACUUCUUGGCUACCCCUCCUCCAACUUCUUUCAGCAUGAUAUAUGAUGAAUUCACGAGAGAACCAUUGAGCAAUGGCCCUUCAAUAGACGACAAUGAGCAACCUAUAGAGCCUAUAUCUGAUAUUCGGAUUGAUCAAAUUAAUAACCUCAUGUUCAAUCCAAAAUGACAAAGGAUUUGUGCAGUUAUUUUGCUUGGGUAGAUUAUAUUAGUUUCAUUUCCUUCAUGUAUCAGUGAAUAUCUUUGAUUCACCCAAUUCAGGUACUUAGAUAUUAAAUGUAAUUUGGAUGUGGCAUGUCACCAGCAGAUAUGGGUUUGAUUCUGGUGAAGCUAUUACAGAAUGCAUCAACGACGCCUCUUCAGUGACAACCUGCUCGUUCAGGGAUUUUUUUUUCUUAGCUUCAGCCCAAGGCAUUGAUACUCUUAGGGUAGUAAUUCUGUGAUUGUUUGGGUGAGAAAGGAAGGUUUGAAGUUAAACAUGGUUACCUUGUUAUGUAGGAAGUUGAAGAGGAUACUCAUAGUGGCUCCUGUCAUGGCACUCUGAUUGUAAGCCUUUCUGACAUCAUGUAUUGAGACUUAGAGGUACUCAUUUGCUUUCCUCCGGAUAAUUCGUGAAAGUAGAUAUACAUGAAAGCAACAGUAGAUACUUCUUUUUCUCUCUGGA